CCGCUCCAACCGCCGCCGAGCGGCGCUGCGCCUGAGUCUGAGCUCCCCGAGAUCUUGCCUCCCCGCUAUAAAAUCUCCAUCUCCGGACGCUUGCGCAGGGGGAGGGGAGCUUUCCACUUCACGGCUGAUGAGUGAUGACCCUACCAGAAAUCGACCCGAUACGGCUCCUGCGCCAGAUCGUCCAUCAAUAGCCCGAAUCACACUCAUCACAAGCCUCAAACUUUUCCAAACCAAUUUAGAUGCGGCGUGAGUGCUAAAGCGCUCUCUGGACUCUGUUUCGCAGUGGCCGCAGCUGCAGCGUCCUCUUCCCUUUUUGCCAUCCAGCAUCACCUGUGCCGCCGGCGCGUAAUUGCACCGCGGUCACUGGUUAAUAGGAAGAAGGGAAGGAGGAGGGGGGAGCGGUGUGCCGGGGUAUCGUCGUGCCCAUGGGCGUGCACGCCAGGUCGAUGAGCUGGUAUAUGGGGUCGCCGGCGCCGGGGAGCGCCGCCGAGGGCGAGGGGCAGCGCGCGCUGAGAAGCAGCUCCGGUGGCAGCGACGGCAGCUUCGACACCAACAUGGUCAUCAUCCUCGCCGCGCUGCUGUUCGCGCUCCUCUUCGCGAUGGGCCUCAACUCGCUCGCGCGCUGCCUCAUCCGCUGGGCACGCCGCGCGCCGGCCGGGGAGGACGGCGGCGCCGGCGGGCUAAAGAAGCGCGCGCUCCGGAGCAUCCCCGUCGAGGUGUACGGCGCGUGCGGCGCCGACGGGGCGGCGGCUGUCGCCGCCGACGUCUGCGCCAUCUGCCUCGGCGAGUUCGCGGACGGCGAGAAGGUGCGCGUGCUGCCGCGCUGCGCCCACGGCUUCCACGUCCGCUGCGUCGACACCUGGCUCCUGUCGCACGACUCCUGCCCCACGUGCCGGGGCUCCGUGCUCGACGGCGCAAAGGCCGCCGCCUCUGCUCCCGCCGCCGGGGGCAACCGGCGGCAGGGAAGCGAGGCUGCUGCCAUCGCAAUUGUCAUUGGAUGACGUGGACGUGUGGGGGCCCGCGUGCCCACUGGUGGUGGAGCCACACGGUAUGCGAGACUAGCUUCGUUCCGUGGUAGUGAGAUAUUUUGCUGUGAUGAGAAGCCGACGAGUCGCGGCGGCCCAUCUCUCAGUCAAGACACAGCAUGGCCUUCAGGAUAUUAUCCCUUCGGUCUGUACUUGUGCAUGGUCGUCGCAGCUGAUCCUGUUUGUGUAUACUAGGAGUGGAUGAUGAGGUAUGCCGCUAUAGGCUUGCAAUAAUACAGUUUUGUUUGUACAUGUUCGAUUUGACACAAUUUUAGAGCACUGAGCAGAGCACA